AUGCCACUGAAGUCACACCAAGUUUUGGGACGAAGUAGCCUUCAACCAAGCGAUCUUUUGGAUCUCCCAGCAGGCAACCACGAACUCGACGACUGGAUGGUCUACGUCGACGUCCUCACGCAGAUGAUGCCUGGAGAUAUUUCCUGGGAGUACUCACAAGAAUACAACAUACGGACCAAGAUCAAAGUAGUCAAGGAUUCCGCCGACCCCAAGAAUGCAGUCAAGACUGACAUCUAUGUUGGAAUGACGGCUGCGCAAGGCAAAAAGUUCGCAAGUGGUGCGCAGCAUUUCCGAGAGGGCAACAAGGAUCCGAGCACUAUCGGCCCCGAUAAGUAUAUUUCAUCGCACUAUAAGAUUUCCAUGGAGUCGAAUACUGCCAUGAACUUUUGGAUCGCUGGAAUCUUCGAGAAUGCAUAUCGUGUAUUUUGCGACAAGCCACAAUGGUCACCCACCGCCGUCAGGACCUUGGAAGGGCUUUAA